UAAAAAAUUCCAAAAUGGCGACGAAGGGAUACAAAUUUUCCGAUUUUUAUCAACAGUUUUCGGGUUGAUUUUGUCGUCUAAUUAAUGUGUUCUUUGUAUAUUUACGGCAGAAAGUUCAGGUUUGAACAUCGAGUCAGUUGACCCAAUUAUCGGGCAAGAUGGCUCGCCAUCUCGAAUUCCUCGAUGAAGAGCUAAAAGUCGUGAAGGAGCAAUCAAAGACCAUACCAGGAUCAGAAUUGGUUGCUUGUCAUAGGAUAAUGGUCCGGCUUAAAAUUGUGAAGAAUCAACAUAAAGAUAUCACAGCGAUGAUACAGUUCCCAGAUGACUAUCCCAAUGUUCCUUUGUUGGUUGAGUUAAAGAGCAACACGUUUGGUUACAAACUCCUGGAAGGAUUGACAAAGAUGUGUGAAGAAGAAGCAAAGAAACUCUUGAAGAAACAACAGAUCAUGGUCGUCCUAAAAAUGAUUUUCCAGUUUAUCGAAGACAACCCAUUAUGCGUGUGUAGUGAUGAGAUAUCCUAUAUAAAGCGUGAGCUGAUGAAAGACAGUGAUAAGAUAAAACUCCUCCAGAAACAAGCGCAGAUUCUUCUGAAAGUUGCUGAGGGUAGUUAUUACUUCACGCUGAAAUGUGAUGUACCAGAUGUCUACUUUACAUCACAGCUGCAGGUUUCAAUAUCGGAGCAUAAUUUCCCAGAGGUGCUGUCGUCUCAUUUUCUUGGUCAAUCUGUGGAAAUAUCCAGAAGAGCCGUGAAACCACCUCUGAAGAAAGGAAAAAAAGAUCCUCCGUUUGAGCCAAAGCCAUCACUGAAGGAUAUUGCCAUUUUCCUGUUCAAACACGUCAAGCGAUAUCCACAUGAAAUCUGUCCAUACUGCAAGGAACUUUUACUACCUGAAGAUCCCAAGACAUUAGCCACAGACCCAGCUGAUCCCAAAUUCAUCGAACGAGUCUAUUGUACCCAUUUAUAUCACCAUGGAUGUCUAGAUGUCUAUUUCAAAACACCACCAUUUACAGGUGGCAAAAAGUGUAUGGAAUGUGGACAAAGGAUUUAUCACAACAAGUGGAAAAUAACCCCAGAGUUGGCCGAGGCCAGGUGGGCCCACAAGGAGGCCAGGCAACGAGAAUUAGAUGAAGUUGUAGACUUUUUACAAUAAGCAGAAAAUUAGUUCCACUUUCAAAUGACUUUAACUGUAAUUAAGUACAGUAGAUUAUCUUAGAACACCUUGAUACGAAUUUGGACCAAUCUGUCCUUUCGAAAGACUGCUUUCAUUUACCACACUUUAUGUUUGCUACAGCUGUGGUGUAACGAGAGCUCAAAACAGCAUUGGGCAGACAAGUUCAACUUUACACCAUCAGUAUUCAGGAAUAUAAUAUGUAGCCUUUGACACAUCAAGCAUGCACGUCACCCGCAGCGAAAGGGUUAAACAUGGCAAAUAUAUUAUUUUGAUGUUGUACGAACCUGGUACAUUUACAAAAUAUAAGAUUUCCAAUAUUAUGAACAAGAAUUGAUGAAGAAUCUUAAAGCGACACACUGGAUCUCCUAGACAGGAGUUCAUUUUUAGAACCCCAAUAUAGAAAACCCAACUCAUGCCUUUUAGAGACAAAAAUAGAUGUAAGACAGAAAGUGUUGUUAUGGACGUUAAUCAUUAGUUAUAUAUAUAUUACCUGGGAGAUGAGGGAAAGGAAUGAAUUUGAUAACUAGUAAAACUGUACCCUGUAUAAAGUAUUUAUUUUAAUCUGAUGGAUGAAUUCUAUGAAUGCAUGUGUAUUACGUCAGUAAAACCUGUACAUUAUCAAUAAUUAUCUUUUCUUGCUUUGUGAUGUAAAUUCUCAAGUCAUAUAUCCAGAGUAAAAUCUGCUGAAUAUGACCAAACCCCCAAUGACAUGGAAUGGAAUGACAACAAUAUAGAAUGCAAAUUCAAAUUGCCCUC